AUGCGUGCAAAAUUCCAGCGAUCUGGCCACCCUCCUGUCAAAACGGGCUUCCGCCUUUUGACAACUGCCCCUCAGUUUUCCUUUUCAUUUCUUUUUCUCGUAGAAAUGCCACCCAAAAAGCCAACCGAGAAAUCCGCCAAGCCUGGCGACAAGAAGCCAGAGCAGAAGAAGACUGCUGCGGCUCCCGCUGCCGGCAAGAAGGAGGCUGCUCCCUCGGCCGCCAAGCCAGCUGCCGCUGCGCCCAAGAAGGCUGCUGCCCCAGCGGCCAAGAAGGCUGCUCCGGCCGCCAAGAAGCCAGCGACCGCCGGUGCUGCUGCCAAGAAGCCCGCGGCCGUGAAGACGACCGCGGCCAGCAAGGCCAAGGGCAAGGAUGCCAAGAAGAAGGUCCUCGCCGGCAAGAAGCCCCAGUCCGUGCUGGCCAAGCUCUCUGCCAAGGCUCGUGCGGCCGCCAAGGCCAAGAAGGGCGUGAAGCCCGUCGCCAAGCCCGCCAAGGGAACCGCCAAGGCCAAGGCUGUGGCUCUGCUGAACGCCAAGAAGGUCCAGAAGAAGAUCAUCAAGGGCGCCUUCGGCACCCGUGCCCGCAAGAUCCGCACCAACGUGCACUUCCGUCGGCCCACCACCCUGAAGCUGCCCAGGAGUCCCAAGUACCCCAGGAAGUCGGUGCCCACCAGGAACCGCAUGGACGCGUACAACAUCAUCAAGUACCCACUGACCACCGAGGCGGCCAUGAAGAAGAUCGAGGACAACAACACCCUGGUCUUCCUCACACACCUGCGCGCCAACAAGAACCACGUGCGUGCCGCAGUGCGCAAGCUCUACGACAUCAAGGUGGCCAAGGUGAACGUGCUCAUCCGCCCCGAUGGCCAGAAGAAGGCCUAUGUGCGCCUGGCGCGCGACUACGACGCCCUGGACAUUGCCAACAAGAUCGGCAUCAUAUAAGCGCUGCAAUCUGCGGUAACGUGUGGAAUGGGCAUCGCGUUCUACAUUUUAUAUGUAGAUUCCUUUCUAUAAACAAAGUAAUGCUAAGCUGACACGGUAGAGCGAGGAUGAACGUUUCAAAGUUGUCUGGGUUUAAUAAAACCACUCAAAAACUAA